CUCCCUCCUCCUCUCUCUCUCUCUCUCUCUCUCUCUCUUCCUCGCGAGAACGAAGAAGAAACCCUAAUCAUCAAUCCUUCUUUCCUUCCCUCUCUCUUCUCGUCCCGUCCUCGCCGAAUCCGGCGGUUGCGCCAGCGAUCGACCGCCGCGGAGGGCGAAGAUGUCCCACGGUGACACCAUUCCCCUCCACCCCUCAUCCCAGUCGGACAUCGACGAGAUCGAGAACCUCAUCAACGCCGGCCCCGCCACCGUCCUCCCCGCCCGGCCCCCAAGCCCUCCCCGCGCUUCCAUUCCGGUCUCCUCCUCCCCCUUCCUCCCCUCCAACCUCCCCCCUCCUCCCCCCUCUGUGCCUGCUGCCACCGCCUACCAUAAGGCCCCCACCUCCGCCGCUCCGCCUGCCGCCGAGACCUCCAGCGGCGGCAUCGCCGGCGACGGCUUCGGCUCGCCGCCCAACACGCUGACGGAACCCGUCUGGGACACCGUCAAGCGGGAUCUGUCGCGGAUCGUGAGCAAUCUGAAGCUGGUCGUGUUCCCCAACCCCUACCGGGAGGAUCCGGGCAAGGCACUCCGGGAUUGGGAUCUCUGGGGCCCCUUCUUCUUCAUCGUCUUCCUUGGGCUCACUCUUUCUUGGUCGGCGUCCGUGAAGAAGUCUGAAGUAUUUGCUGUUGCAUUUGCGGUCCUUGCGGCUGGUGCUAUUAUUCUCACAUUAAACGUUCUACUUCUGGGUGGGCACAUAAUAUUCUUCCAGAGUCUUAGUCUUCUUGGAUACUGCCUUUUUCCUCUGGAUAUUGGAGCUGUUAUUUGCAUGCUGAAGGACAAUGUCAUAAUCAAGAUAACUGUGGUGGCUAUAACAUUGGCAUGGAGCUCAUGGGCGGCAUACCCAUUUAUGAGUGCGGCUGUUAAUCCGAGACGGAAGGCCUUGGCUCUGUAUCCUGUUUUUCUCAUGUAUAUCUCUGUUGGCUUUUUAAUCAUUGCAAUAGAUUAAGGAAUCAAUGUGUCAUCACUUUGUGAUUUUCAAAGGUUGCAAGCCCCUGUUUAAUUGAGUCACCAAGGCGUAUACAAGUAUAGAUAGACAUUGUUUUGUAGUUGGAUUUUGUUGUUAGAGACUCGUACGCUCCUUUCGGCUUAAAGUCUAAAAUGCUGGUUGCUGCUGGCUUUGUAUCUUCAUGGGUUCCAUAUUGUACGUAUGGAAUCACACACCUGGCCACCAGAAUCAAGAUGGCUGUAAAUUUUUCAUUUGGUUUAAACCAAAGAAUUCUGCAAAAUGACACCAAAUGUUUUGACUUCCCAUGGAAAUGCAAUAACUUUUUUUUAUUUGGAGAAA